GCCGCAGGCGCGGUGCGCUCCCCUGGCUUAGUAUGUGGCGCGUUCCCGGUCUGCUGUGCGUGCGCGUUGCAAGGAGGAGCAAGCUCUCCGGACCUUGGAACAGGCCUGCCGCCUUCAUGUCCACUCUGCUCAUCAAUCAGCCCCAGUAUGCUUGGCUGAAGGAGCUGGGGCUCCGCGAGGAAAACGACGGCGUGUAUAAUGGCAGCUGGGGAGGUCGGGGAGAGGUUAUCACCACCUAUUGUCCUGCUAACAAUGAGCCGAUAGCAAGAGUCAGACAGGCCAGCAUGGCUGACUACGAAGAAACUGUAAAGAAAGCAAGAGAAGCAUGGAGAAUCUGGGCAGAUAUUCCUGCUCCAAAGCGAGGAGAAGUAGUGAGACAGAUUGGUGAUGCCUUGCGGGAGAAGAUCCAAGUACUAGGAAGCUUGGUGUCAUUGGAGAUGGGGAAGAUCUUAGUGGAAGGUGUGGGAGAAGUUCAGGAGUACGUGGAUAUUUGUGAUUAUGCCGUGGGCUUAUCACGGAUGAUCGGGGGACCCAUCCUGCCGUCUGAAAGACCCGGCCACGUGCUCGUUGAACAGUGGAACCCUGUAGGCCUGGUCGGAGUCAUCACUGCGUUCAACUUCCCUGUGGCGGUGUACGGCUGGAACAACGCCAUCGCCAUGAUCUGUGGGAAUGCCUGCCUUUGGAAAGGAGCUCCAACAACUUCCCUCAUUAGUGUAGCCGUUACAAAGAUAAUAGCCAAGGUUCUGGAGGACAACGAGCUGCCUGGUGCGAUUUGUUCCUUGACUUGUGGUGGAGCAGAUAUCGGCACAGCAAUGGCCAAAGAUGAGCGGGUGAACCUGCUGUCCUUCACCGGGAGCACCCAGGUGGGAAAACAGGUGGCCCUUAUGGUGCAGGAGAGGUUUGGGAGAAGUUUGUUAGAACUUGGAGGAAACAAUGCCAUCAUAGCUUUUGAGGAUGCGGACCUCAGCUUAGUCGUUCCCUCAGCUCUGUUUGCGGCCGUGGGGACAGCCGGCCAGAGGUGUACCACUGCGAGGCGCCUGUUUUUACAAGAAAGCAUCCAUGAUGAAGUUGUUAAUAGACUUAAAAAGGCCUACGCACAGAUCCGUGUCGGGAACCCAUGGGACUCUAAUGUUCUCUAUGGGCCGCUCCACACCAAACAGGCAGUGAGCAUGUUUCUUGGAGCAGUGGAGGAAGCAAAGAAAGAAGGUGGCACAGUGGUCUAUGGUGGCAAGGUUAUGGACCGCCCUGGAAACUAUGUAGAGCCAACAAUUGUGACAGGUCUUGACCACAGUGCGCCCAUUGCACACACAGAGACUUUUGCCCCGAUUCUUUAUGUGUUUAAAUUCAAGAAUGAAGAUGAGGUCUUUGUGUGGAAUAAUGAAGUCAAACAGGGACUUUCAAGUAGCAUCUUUACCAAGGAUUUGGGCAGAAUCUUCCGCUGGCUUGGACCAAAAGGAUCAGACUGUGGCAUUGUAAACGUCAACAUUCCAACAAGUGGGGCUGAGAUUGGAGGUGCAUUUGGAGGAGAAAAGCACACUGGCGGUGGCAGGGAGUCCGGUAGUGAUGCCUGGAAACAGUACAUGAGAAGAUCUACUUGUACCAUCAACUACAGUAAGGACCUUCCCCUGGCCCAAGGAAUCAAGUUUCAGUAAAGGUGCUUUAAACGGACAUCACCUCCAGUCUUUCAGGCAUUGUUGCAGCUCUUCUGAAGAAGACAAGAAAAUUCAGAUUUGCCUUGAAUAAAUGCAUUAUUUUGAAUAUGACAGUGGCUCACCUCUUAUGCCUCUGAGGCCUCAGUCAAGAGACUUGUUUUGUUUUUUAAAAAUAAAGAUUGUGAUGCCAUGGCUGUACUGAGUAAAAGAUUGAUCAGGUAGAUUUUUUAUGUUACUAGUAGUUACUGACUUUUUUAAAGUUUAGGAUUAUUUUAUAGGUUAGAAAAAGUAGUACAUGCCACGGUAGGGAUUUGGGAAAACACCGAAUAUAAUAGAGAAGAAAAUAGAAGUCUCAUCAGUAGAUGCAGGAACGUCCCCUGAGCAGGUAAGGAAAUCGGUGGUGAGCGUUGGUUCACAUUUCCCUCCUCAGCAGGUACUGGAGAGGGUGUGACUGAAGGGAGUGUGUCUCUUGUUUGUGGAGGACCAUAGCACAGUAUCUCUGUGGAAUGACCUGCUGUUUAAGAUGACUGAGGGCACUUCCAGCCAUCUCGGCUUCUCUUGCUCAGGAUGGCUUGUGUCACCAAAGAAGAAAUUUGCAGGGUGGUUGUAGAUUUUGCUCCUGUCCUAGAACCUGCACCUGCUGACGACUGCAGACUUCUAUGGAAAGCUCUCCUGGAGUUCUUAGGCAGCCUCAGUCUGUUUUCUUGAGCUGUUAGGCUUCUGUAAUUGCCCUUAGGUUUGUCCUCGGAGAAUAACCAUGUAUGUGACAGCAUGUAUUCAUAGUGAACUCUGCAUAAUUCACUGUCUCUUUGCUGAAGGUCCGCUUGCUUCUCUGGAGAAGCAGCCCAGGAGCGCCUGGAAUGGUUCAGCUCAGGGCCCUGUGGAGCUCAUGCCUGCUCCUGCAGUUCUGUCUUCACGGCAGUCCACGCUCCCCCAGUGGGUAGCAGCCACCACCCCCUCUACUCCUGCCAGACUGGACUGGGACAGAAGCCUUGGAAGAAGAUGACAUUUGUAGAUGACCUGAUGGGUCAGGACGUAUGGAAAGAUUUAGACUACUGGCCUAGAGUUUGAGGUUGAGUCAUGACAGAGAAGCAGGCAGAUGAAAAAACCAAGCAAUGAUAAAUUUAUCAGGGAAGGAAAGGUAUUCAUAACAUGCUCCUUGGCCAAGCUGUGACUAGUGUUCACCUAAGUGUGCUGUUGUCAACCUUGACUAUUAAGCCAAGCACUAACAGUAGACCUUUUGAGAGCAUGUUGGCAGUAAGAAUUCAGGGUUUGAGGGCAGGCUGGAAAGGCAGUGGAAAAUCAGUAAUGCCUAAAAUUACAAAAGCAAGAAGUAGCAACAUAGGCUUAUACAGAUACGUAAGUUCUGAAAAAAAUCAUUGCUUCAGGGGAGGGCAAAUUGGAGGUAGGGCACGGAGACUGGAGGGAUUGCUGUUUUUCAUAAGUUUUAAAGAGAUAUCUGACUUUAAGUCAACAGGAUGUGUAACUUAAAAAUUAGAACCAGCAAAGAAGAAAGUGAUGUUGGAGAAUCAGGUGGUUGGAGUCCUGCAUUUCCAGGUCCCCUUCCCCCCACCUGCUUCCCCAGCACACAUACAUGCAGUUAUCUGCUCCCUGUUACUGCACUAGGAUGCUUUUAAAACAUCUCACUAAAUGAUCAUGCUGAAAGCCAAGUUUUCUUCUACAUUUUGAAGUUCAAAAUAGAUGAGACUACCUUGUAUUGAUACAUACAUACAUUGUAAUGUAAAUGGUUGCUUAAGAAAAAUCAUGCCAUUUGGGCAUUUACUUUAAAAAACCUUGCUGUGGUUGUAAGUUGUAAGUCACAAUGUUGGGUAUUCUAGCCCUGUCUUCUUUAGUGACUGUAACACUAUCUGAAGAAAGUAAAGCACUAUUUAAAACAUUUUUAGGAACCACGUGAUAAUUGGCUAUUUUCAUUUUGUGAAAUUCUGUGAGAUUAAUUUUGAUUGAAAUAUUUUUAUAUCCUGUUUUUUUCCAAGCAUAUAAUUUAAAAAAUUUUUUAAACAAGUAUUUUAAAAUACAAGCUGUAUCUGUGUUUUUGUUGUUAAAUUUUUACAUUUAUAAUGUCUCUCCAAUUGGGUAUUUAAGGAGACUCACCAUCCUCCUGUGUAUCUGUUAAACCCAUGCCGUGGUCGUCAAUUUUGAAUAAUAAUCUACUGGUGAAAGAGGGUGACUGUUCGCUCUAAUCUUAAGAUAUUGAAGUCAAAUUAAACUGGAUCUGAAAGCUUUCUUUGAAACUAAUUCACAAUUUUUCUAUACCUGUCUAGCAACAAGGACUUUUUUGUCAUAAUGUUUGUUUAAAAAAUAUUGCUUUUAAAUUGGCCCUUUGUUCUUUUUUAUUGACUUAAUAAAAGUAAGUUACUAGUAUUUUUAACCACAGAA